CACUGGUCACAUGAUCAACUGACGGUAUAUUAAGAAAGAUAUACGGCACCCUGAUAUCGGGUCGAAAAUAUUGCAAGUGACAGGAUAAAUGUUUUUACAGAAACGUUCAAUAUCGCAACAAAUCAAGUAAUGUUAUUUAACGGAGCAUAAUAUCUGAAGAUUAAAGAGCAACAAAAAGUAUAAAAAAUAUAUUUUUCAAACCACAUUGAACAGAAUUUUGUAUGUUGACAAUUACGCCAUUUUCUAAUAUUAGACUGACUAUAAACAAGAUAUUGAUAAUAGGUAGGACAGGUAGCGAAAACCGUGAUAGUUUAUUUUCAAAAGCAUGUCCAGUCUACCUACAGAUGACAUUAUCAUAGAUUAUUUCGAGGGAUGAAUGCGAAAGAAGUCUAAGUGCUUCUACUUAUUAUAUAUGCACUUAGACCUCUUUUGCAUUCAGCCCUCGAUUUGCAACAUAAAUAUUCAGCUUGUUACACAUGCAGAGGCUAUGUUUGAUAAAGAUAACAAAAGUUACUUACAUAAAUUGUACUGGGUGUAGUUUAAAAGGUAGGACGCAUACUCACUAUAUAAACACAUUUUCUGUCUGAAAAAAAAAUCUUGAAGAAAUUUAAGCGGUAAGUAUUAUACUUUAUUGUUUAAUAGUUGUUCUAUUUUUUGCAGUUUAGAUAGAUUAAACGUAGCUGAUCUAAAAUGAAACACUGAAACAAAACAAUCGUGUUUUCUAUAACAAUUAAAUAAUCAUAAUGUAGACACUGUUAAUAGAGAAUACAAUGCUUUUAAAGUAGAUUAUUGAUAACUUUUGGUUAAAAAUGAAUACCCGUUAUUUUUGUCCUUAGUUUGAAAGGACUUAAGAUGUAUGGGCGAUGCAAAUUGUUAUUUCAUUAAAAGACAGGGAUAAACAUCAUAUUAUUUCAAGCAUGCUGAAUGAUUUACCAUACAAUUCCGUAAACGCAUAUACGGAAUAUCUAUACGGGUAAUAUAUCUGUUCGUAUACAGUCUGUGGAAUAGCUUUUAGCUUCUCCGUAUUUUCUACCUAGUUUGCAUAAAAAAAAAAAUAGUAGAGCAAAUUACUGCAAUAACAAGUAUACAUCUUGCAUUAAUUUUAGAAGAUGCCAAGAGGCAAAUUUGAAGACGUCCCUGGCGGGGAUACUGUAACGUUAGAUACAGUUGAUGAUGAAAAUGGAUACAGACAGGGAACAUUCAGAUAUACCUUCGAAGAACACCAAAAAAUCUUCAACAAUAUUCCAAACAUAAAGUGCAACGACGACGAUUUUUUCCUGAUUUCAUAUCCAAAGACAGGGUCAAACUGGUUAUGGGAAAUGCUGAUGAUGAUGAUGGUAAAAUCGGGACAGAUAAUGGAAGGUAGAAAAUCACAGGGCAUGAUUGACGCCGUGCCCACAGAAGUUGUAGAGAAUUUGCCCUCACUAAGAAUUCUCAAUUCACAUUUGAAGAUCAAAUAUUUGCCAAAGGAAGCAUUCGAGAAGAAGUUGAAAAUGAUUCUACUGGUUAGGAAUCCAAAGGAUGUCGUCGUCUUCUUUUACAAUCAAACAAAAGGCAUUAAAGGCUACGAAUAUGAGGGGAAGUUUGAAAACUACGUGCAGAUGUUUAUGCGAGGUGAAGUUGAUUACGGUUCGUACCCAGAAUAUUUGCAAGAAUGGCAGACAUUCAUGAAAGAGAAUCAAGAAGUUCCUAUUCAUGUUGUGUACUAUGAAGGUUUACAACAGGACUGUUUCGGUGAGAUGUGGAAAAUUUGCAAAUUUCUUGGAAAAGAUGUGAGCAGUGACCUGUUGCAAAAGAUUGUUGAAAACUGUCAAAUAGUCAAAAUGCGACAAGCAAAAGAAGACAACAUGACAGAAGAAAUGAAGAAGUCGAGAAUUACUGCACUAGCCAACGACUUUUCUAUGUUUAGAAAAGGUCAAAUUGGAGAUUGGAAAAACUGGUUCACUGUGACACAAAACGAAUGUUUUGAACAAUGGUGGACUGAAAAAACAAAAACGCUUGACAUGUUUACAUUUAAAUAUUGCUAGGAGAUGUUGUAUUAAUGCAAAUACCAUUUUGGAAGGCAAAGAAAUGUCAGUAACGUAAUCAGUAUUCAUUCACUUAUGGUAGCGAAGAUCGGAGAUAGAGGAUAUUAGCCGGUGACAAUGAUUUCUUAGAUUUGAUAUUGCUUAUGUGGUGGCUUUUAUCAACACAAUUUAUCUAAAAUUUUAUUAUGUUUUUUUUUUAAGUCCUGCAUUUAUAUUUUGUCAAAGUACUUGAAGAUUUUGUAUACUUACUACCAUCGGUUAGACGAAUAAUUUUAAGAGGUAUUUAUUUUGUCAUAGUGCUAUUAAUGUCUAGUGUUUUCAGUAUUUAUUGGACACAUUGACGCGUAUUAAGCAUACAGUUGUAAUCUAGAUUUUAAUUCAUUGACUGAAACAGACCAUAACUUUUUGAGCAUAUAUAUCUUAUUAUUUGCGGACGACAUGGUGUUGUUUACCACUAGCGCACAAAGUUUACAGACACAGUUAGACAGCUUAUAUACAAAUUCCCUUAAAUGGGGUUUAAAGAUAAACGUUAAGAAGACAAAAAUUUGUGUUUUUAGAAAAGGGAGAACAAACAUUAAUUAUAGUUGGUAUAUUAAUAAUGAAAACAUUGAAAUUGUAGAUUCAUUCUGUUAUCUCGGGGUAAAUUUCAAAUACGAUGGGUUAAUGCUAGGUGCAAUGAAAUCUUUGUCUGACCAGGCAUUAAAAGCUAUAAAUAGUUUAUACUCUAUUUUCACAAGAAUCAAGUUCGAUGUUAAAACCAAGUUUUUACUAUUUGAUAGAAUGGUUGAACCUAUUUUGCUCUAUUGUGCAGAAGUGUUCGGUGUUUACAAGACAGAUGUUUUAGACAGAAUUCAGAUAAAGUUUUGUAAAAAGAUUCUAGGAGUUAAACCAUCUACUCCAAAUAUGGCUGUUCUGGGCGAACUUGGAAGAUUACCUAUAUCUGUUUUAUGCAAAGAGAGAGUUUUGAAUUACUGGUUGAGGCUUAAUAAAAAUAGGGAAUCACUGAUGUAUAACAUUUAUCAAACACAAUAUAAGGAGACAUAUAAUGAUGGAUGUUCAUUUUGGGCAAAAUAGGUUAAGUCGCUUUUAGAGAGUCUUGGGUACGGGUAUCUUUGGAAUAAUUUUGAUGAAAAUAUUUCUUUUAAUGUGUUAAGACCAGUUUGUUCAAAAUUGGAGUGGUAGUGUCCAUAGUAUGUCUAAACUUGACUAUUAUGUUAGAUUUAAGAAUGAAUUUAAAUAUGAAAACUAUCUUGACAUUGUUGAGAACGAAUAUUUGAGAAAACUCUUUACAUGUUUUAGGUUAUCGUCGCAUGCCCUUGCAAUUGAAACUGGAAGAUAUGUGGGAAUAAAUAGAACUGAUAGGAUAUGUAGAAAUUGUAACUUCAACGUUGUCGAAUCUGAAUAUCACUUUUUAUUGACUUGUCCAAAGUAUAGCCAUAUUCGCACUAAAUUCUUACCAAAUACAUCGUGGCCAAAUAUUAACCUUUUCAACAGACUGAUGUCUUCAAAUAAAAAGAAAACAGUAUUAGGAAUUUGCAAAUACCUGAAAGAAGCAUAUAAUGUAAGGAAUCCAGAUUUAUAAAUCUAUACUUCAAAAAACUGGGAAAGUAAAGAAGCUUUGUGUUGAAUUGUAUAAUUUAUAUAUGGUUACCACAAUUAUAUUUGAUAGUACUAUCUAAAUACAUUGUUAAAUAUCUUCAUGUAUGUGCACAUUGUGAUUAAGAUAUAAAAUGUGUUGUUGUUUUUUCUGCUCAUUAGCCAAAGGCAUGUUAUUGCCGAUUUUUGCAAAUAAAUGUGUUGUUGUUGU